GAAUGGCACCAUGUCCAAAUAGGUUACAAAACCCACCACAGUGCAGGUCCUGUCCACCCUGCUCCACACAGACCCCUGCAACUCCCCACCAGCAACUUCACAUCUGCCUCAGUACGAAGCUGAUUUAAAGAGCAGAAGACAUGGCUGUGGUUAGCGGAACAUACCGUAUGGUGUCAGAGGAGGAGCAGGCUCUCAGGGCUAAGCUGGAGCGUCUCACCGUCAAGGACCACGGGCCAGUGUUUGGACCCUGUGCCAACCUGCCAGACCACACCAAGCAGAAGGCCAAGGACGAGCUGAAUGAGACAGAUGAGAAGCGAGUGGCUGCGGUGAAGGAGCUGCGAGGAAUAAUCAAAGAGAAGGCAGAUGGAGGUGAUGAUCUGGCCAAGGGGGUGCAGGACACCUUUGGGGACAAACCAGACAGUUUGCUGGUCCGCUUCAUCCGUGCCAGGAAGUAUGACGUGCUCAGAGCCUUCGAGCUUAUGAAGGGCUACGUGCGUUUCAGGAAGGAUUACCCCGAGCUGUUUGAGAAUCUGACCCCAGAGGCCGUACGCAGCACCAUCGAGGCCGGCUACCCCGGUAUCCUGCAGAGCAGAGACAAAUAUGGCCGUGUGGUUCUGCUUUUCAACAUCGAGAACUGGGACUACGAGGAGAUCACCUUCGAUGAGAUCCUACGAGCCUACUGUGUGAUCCUCGAGAAGCUGCUGGAGAACGAAGAGACUCAGAUCAAUGGGUUCUGCAUCAUCGAGAACUUCAAGGGCUUCACCAUGCAGCAGGCGUCAGGGAUCAAACCCACUGAGCUCAAGAAGAUGGUGGACAUGUUGCAGGAUUCAUUCCCUGCCCGUUUCAAAGCCGUGCACUUCAUCCAUCAGCCGUGGUACUUCACCACCACCUACAACGUGGUCAAACCACUCAUGAAGGGCAAGCUGCUAGAGAGAGUGUUUGUCCAUGGAGACGAGCUGGAAAACUACUAUAAGGAGUUUGAUGCUGACAUCCUUCCAUCUGACUUUGACGGAAAAGGUCCCAAGUACGACGGCAAGGCCACAUCGGCCAAGCUGUUUGACUAAAUAUCCUCCAUCCCUUUACCAAACAGGCGAAAAGCCAUUAUAUAUAUAUAAAAAAAUAAAUAAAACAUAAACUGUGGAGACUCAAAGCCCAAUCUAGCUGUGUGGUUGUAGAAAACAAGUUAUGAAUGAAAAUCAUGAGUGUGUGAGAAGUUCAAGUGAUGUUGUUUACCAGAGGUCCAGAUAAAGCACAAUUAAACAGGACUGACAUGGUCUCCUGUACACUCACUCUUCAGUCAUUACCGUUUUAGACCAUGAAUGACAGAGUGCAUAUACUUUACAAACUUGCAGAUCGCUUUCCAAAGCAUAUUAAGAUUUUAAGGAUAAUUUCCCGUACUUUCAAACAACCACUGAUUUGAUUUCAUACCAAUGUAGUGUGAAAAUCAAACUUUUUAGUCUUAAAAUUGGCUUGAAAUAGGUUCAUCGUUAAGCAAUUUUGUGCAGGAGCUGUUUUGAUGCUUCCUUGUUGUUGUGUUCAGAGUUUGCUGGGAAACAGCAAACACAUUUACAUGAUUAUUUUCACAGUGGAGAUUUUUAUUUUUCCACUGAUUCACAAACGUGAUCUAAGACUUUCCUAAAAGCUGCCAACAAGGAAGAGUUUUCAAAACAAUGCAUGCUCACAACUGCCUAACUGUAACUUUAAAAAUAAAGACGACCCAGUGUUCACAGUGGUGGAUUACCUAUCGUAUGCAAAUUUCAAGUCUUUACAAGUUGAUUGAAGUCUCAUAUGAUUCAGGUCAUAUUUAAUCUAAAAAGGCAUGGUUUGGGAAAUCAGUUUGUGAAGUGAAUCUGCAAAAAAAUGCAAAAGCACCAGUAUGAUUCUUUGACCAUUCAGAUACAUUAAAGUCUUUAAAAAGUCAUUUCACAUGGAACAAAAAUGUAAAUUGUUUAUUCAAGCUUCAGCUUUGAACAACCGACUGAGAUUUUCUGUCUCUGUUGAGUUGUGCUUUGCUUGAACUACAGUUCACCCACACAGCUUGUUGUAACACUGGCAGGCCCCAGAUCUCUCAGCUUCCACUCUCUGGUCCCCGUCUCUCCUUGAAGUGCAAGGCUGAUAUUCCAACAAGUGCC